CAGCAGUUAAAACGACAGUGUUAAAAUGAAAACAAUGUUGUGAAGCUCAACGACAUCGCGGGACAGGGAAACGAUGUUGUUUAAUUAAGAACGACGUCGGGGUGAGAGUUUGACGGCGAGUUAACAAUGAGGGCUGAGUAUUUUAUGGGUAUUUAAAGACGGUGUCGUUUAAUGAGAAGCGAUGUCAUGGAAAAGUAAAACGACAUCGCGGCAGUGGUAAGAGUUCGGCCGAAGGCAGCCCGCCAAGCCUAACGACGUCGCAAGAGUAUAUAAUGACAUUGUUUGAUGGACUAACAAUGUCGUUGGUUAAACCGGGCCCGGGCAGUUGAGUUGGAUCAUAAAACGGCAUCGGUUGGUGAAAGGUGAUGCCGUGGUAUUGGUGAAAUGUAUCGUUACAUGGACAAGGGGGUAAGUCGUUUCGCCAAGUUUCUGCAAAGCAAGAGCGGUUUCGAGGGCACGUGAUUAUCACGCAACAAGGAGGAAGUUACCUGGUCGUGGGAGACAAAGGCGCCAAGGCAGUUACCACGACGGGGAGAAGCGCGAAGUAUAAAGAUUGGGAAGAGAGAGAGACUGGAGACGGCAAAAUCAAAUCACAAACUGCACCUACGCAGAUUUAUCUUUUUCUCUCUAGUUCGUAGAACUUCUCUGACAAAGACCUCCUUUGCAGAGUCGUAGUAGUUGUAGUCGUAGUUGCGGAGCUCUCCAGAGGAACCUCCAUAGGAGUAGAGGUAACGUAACUUAGAACACUCCCGGUUUGGUUUCUCGUUUCUCGUGAACACCCUCGUUCGAACGUAGUUUGGAGAGGUGGUGAACCGAGUAACGGUUGUUUGAUUAGAGGUCAAAGGUGCAUCGAUCAAAUCAACAACGCCGAUACCGGCGGCGGAUAUUUGACGAUCGUCUUGGUUUCUACUUUAAUCGAUCAAAUCAACGACGCCGAUAUCGGCGGCGGAUAUUUGACGAUUUUGCUGACUUUGGGUUUUUUGUUUCCUUGAAAUCAGAGCGCAUUGAACGCGCGAGUUUCACCAACGAAACAAAUUGGCACACCUGGUGGGACCCGUGUGUUCGGAUGGCUCCGCGAAGGAAGAAUCACGAGGGCGAUCUUCCACCAACUUCAGUGGAGGAAGAGCCAAUGGUCAAUGUAGAGACUGACCAGAGUGGCGGUUCACACGGCGGUGCGAGCAGCGACGCCGGAGGGGAAGUGCCAGCAGUGGCGCAAACUGCCAACCAGGGUGAGAUAACACGCAUGCUUCGCCAAGUCAUGGCUGAUAACCAACAAGUAAAACUUCACUUAGCCUCUUUGGAUGGACGUCUUGAUGGUCUUAGUUCUCGGAUUGAUAGACGUGUUAGCCAACUGGUUGAAGUCGUAGAUAAAAACAGAAUGGAUUUUGAAAGUAACAGACGUGAUUUUAAUGAUUUUAGAGAGUUUUUGAAUAGGCCAGUGCCGCAAACAAGGGCUUUGCCGUUAAGCGGUGAGAAUCCGUUACACAACGACACUGGCACCAAUAGCUUUCCGGUCAAUGGCGGCCGAGAUACUCAGCCGAGACAGGGCGUUUCGCCAACACCGGUGGUGAACCCAGCAAGUCCGUCGAGAGUAAAUCUUGGCGAGACCAGUACUGCGGCUAACACUCGUGUUGAGCCGCCACCAGUGCACAAUGUGGGUCCACAAAAUAUUCCGGAGGCCAGACCCUACGUGGCUCCGAUGAGCGGUGCUGGUGGUGGAGGAACGAUCAACAAUGAUCAUGUUCCGCCACGCGGCUACCCACAAAACGUGCCUCCUCCUCCAAACGGGCUUGGCAUGGAUCCGGGUGGAUUCGUGCCACAAGGGGGGAAACUCGGGGGGCAAGACGUUAAUGCGAUUCGAGAUCAAGUAGCACAGAUGCUGGCGGAUCAGUUUGGUUUAGGGAUUAGACCAGCGAUGCCGCCGGUGUAUCGAAAACCAUAUCCGGAUUGGGUUGAUAGAUAUUACCCCUUUCCACGUGGUUUUCGCGUGCCUGAUUUCAUCACCUUCAGCGGGACUGGGGAUCAGUCCACUGUCGAGCAUGUUGGACGAUUCACGGUUCAGUGUGGUGAUGUGAGUGAUUUCUUGAAGUUGCGUUUGUUUGGCAACUCGUUGACCGGCCCUGCAUUCGCGUGGUACGUCAACUUGCCAUCAAACUCAGUUCAAACUUGGCAGCAAAUGGAACAAAUGUUCCAUGCCCAGUUCUACCGUUCUGAGCCAGAAGUGACAAUGGCAGACUUGGCACGAAUGCGCCAACAGCCAGGAGAAACGGUGGAACAUUUCUUAACUAAUUUUAAAAAUGCAAGAAAUCGCUGUUUUGUGAACUUGACAGAACGCGAGUUUGUUAAACUUGCCCAGGGUGGAUUGAAUUUUGAACUUCGUAAAAAGUUUCAAGAUAGGGAGUUCUCCGAUCUGUUUCAAUUGAUGUCCUGCGCUGUUAGAUAUGAAUCUCUUCUUCAUGAAGAAGAACAUAAGAGAAGUGGUUCUCGUGGACAAUAUUUCCCUAAUUUUGAAAACUAUGGUGUGAAUAACGUCGGCAGCGAUGUUGAUGAGGUUGAAGUUGACUUGGCCGAGAUCGUGCAGGGGAAGCCAUAUGUGUGUGCUUCUCUGGCCAAGGCCGAUGGGGAACCACAAGGUGGAAAGCCCAAUCGUGCUCCAAUUCAAACUAGGAAAUAUUCCUUUGAUGUUUCAAAAUCAGAAUUGAUUUUCGACCAACUUUACAAAGAUGGUCAAAUUAAGUUAACUGGGGGGCAUACUAUCCCGUCAGCUGAAAAAUUAAAAGGGAAACGAUACUGUAAAUGGCACAACAGUGCAUCUCAUUCAACUAACAUGUGUGUUGUGUUUCGCAAUGUGGUGCAGGAUGCAAUUGAGAAAGGUCGGUUCAAGUUCCCAGAGCCGAGGAAGGAGGCCAUGAUUGUUGACACAGACCCUUUCCCAAACGUGGUCAGUGUCAACAUGGUCAACCCCGAUUUCUCUAAGCUCAACGUGCCGCGCUUCAAGCUGGUGGUGGAUACAACGCCACCGCCGAGUGGUAGUUCUGAUGUGGCCCAGGGAGCUUCAUCCUCCCAAGUGCAGGAGGGGCCACGCUUGGACCCAGUUGAGGAAGAGAAACUGUGUGCCCAGUGUCGUGGAAAGCUGAACAUUGGGGGAGCAGGACCGAGCCAGACGGUCCAUCAGAGAUUGGGACCACGACAGUUCAAACCGAGGUACCCUUCAUAUGAACGCAGUGUCGAGGGAGUACGUGCACCUGCAUGGGGAAGAGGGCAACGUAGGCUGUGGGUUGCUCAAAGUGCCCCACCUUUCAAAAGUCUGCCUUUUGGACUUGCCCGACCGGUGAGAGGUGCCCCACCUGUCAGGAGAACUUUCAGGAUGCCAAAUGUGCCACAGGGUGGUUGGCACACCUACGAUGUCCGUCGUCAGCAGCCUAUCGCCGUUGACCAAAUGACAAGGACGCAGUAUCGAAGGUACCUCCGCAAAAAUGCUCAAGGAAGGAGGAUUGCAAGCUUGCAAGCAAAUGUGAACGUGGAUAACUCUACCACGGGUCUGAGAGUGACUGUGGCCGGUGCUGGAAAAGUUGUAGAGGACAAGCGGGACGGGAACGAGCAAGGAGUCCCGGGAGAUGUUGAGUACGAUGCUGAAGUGGAUGACUCCUUUAUCGAAGAGGAGAUGCUGGAAUUGGAGGAGCCAAAGUCGAAAUUUGAUCGAAAGAAUAAGGAUGACGAUGAUGACAACCAAGGUCCUCCCAUGACGAUCCAGUUUGGAAGCCUACCACCAGUGGUGGUGAACAACUACAUCUUGCCAUUGAUCUUCCACAUUGAUUUGGAAAAUCAGGGAGAGGAUGGCGAGGUCGUGAUGGAGGUUGAAGAAUUGGACGAAGCUGCUCAGGAGGUCAACGUUGCUGAACUAGUGAGCGGUUUCGCUCAACUGACUUUAGAGGAGGAGAAUGAGGAGCCAGCGGCGGCAGAGCUAGUUGGCGAGUCUGCGGAUCUGCCAAUCGAGGCUGAGCCGUGGAGUGCAAUGAUGGCUCGCACGAAUGGUCGAAUUGACUUGGCAGUAGAGUCAGCCAAACAGAACAAGAGUUCGCAGCGAAUCCUGAAAGAACUGUACGAAGCUGGCCACAAAGCUGUUGGGCUACUGGGCGAAGAUGGAGGAAGAUAUCCUUUUUACGUGUUAUAUCAAGGCCCGAAAGAGUCAACCAGUGUGCCAGUGGAGAACAUCACAUGGGGUUCCGACUUCGACGAGCUGGAGAAACCUCUCCGAGCUGCAGAAUCAAAAGGGAAAGCCGUGGAUGAGGGAACCACGGGUGAGGAAUCAAACAGGGUCGUUGUUUUCAACGAGCCCGAGCCGAAGAUGAUGCGUCAUUUGAGACCUCUCUACAUCAAGGCCACACUUGAUGAUGUACCAAUGUCGAGGGUCUUGGUUGACAAUGGUGCCGUAGUAAAUGUGAUGCCAACAAGGAUGCUGAAGAAGUUGGGCAAGAGCACUAAUGACCUGAUCCCAACAGAAGUGUUUGUGACAAGUUUCAAUGGCGGGUCCACUUCUGCCAGGGGAAUCCUCCCAGUUGUCGUGGGAGUUGGGUCACAGAAGCGGAUGAGUGCCUUCUUCGUGGUGGAUGGGAUGAUAAGUUACAACGCACUGCUUGGUCGGGAUUGGAUCCACGCCAACAAGUGUGUUCCUUCAUCGCUGCAUCAGUGUUUGAUGCUCUGGAAUGAAGACGAUGUCGUUGAAGUGGUCAAGGCUUACACAAAGCCAUUUGCCGUUGGGGCCAACGUGGCUGAAGCUUAUUUGUCGGAAACGUCCAACGUCAUAGUUUCAAGCGCGAGAGUGUGGAGUAAGGCUUGCUUGAACCACUUGUCUGAAAUUGUGAGACCAUCAAUGCGUGCAUUAGGUGGUCCACCAAAAUCAGAGUAAGCCACCUCAAGAGUGGGUGGAGAAGGCCGAAAUCACGGCCUUGAUAGAGGAGUUGCCGAUCAACGGCGAGGAUGCGAGUAACAAGUUGGGAGAGGAAGCAGAGGCGCUGUCUGCGACAUUGUGGAAGAAAUCAACUUUGGCGGGAAGGAUGACCCACAUUCAACAUUCAUAUUGCCAGCUUGCAUGACUCUAACAGGUACGAGUUAACUAUGAUUCUGAAUGGCUUCAAAGAUUUUUUUACGUAUGAAUGUUUGGAAAUAUAACAUGGAUACGUUGUAAUCAUGUUGUAUAGCCAGUUUGUCGCUUUUUAUUUUAGAUUCAUGCAUGACUGAAUUACGUAGAUGCCAUCGGCGUUGCAUUAACCUAGUCAAGGCUGUUGGUGUAUGGUUGUGUUGGCUAAAUGGUUUGUUUUCUUUAAGCCAGAGUUGUUAAAUAUGGUCCGCCGAUUACUGUGUUGUCGAGAUAGUCACAAUAUCGACCAAGAUUAAACAUGACUUUACUUUUAAUUUUCUUUGAUAAUGGUUGAUUAAGAAAUAAUGACCAAACAUGGCCAUUUUUGGCUAAGCCACGUAGCAGUGGUGCCGCUUUAUUUUUCUUUUCAUAUCAACAACAUUGUUAGGGGGCACGGUGUCGCGGAAGCAAAAGGACUAUGAUGUUAUACCAUAAAAAAAAGAGGUCGGCCAAAACAGCGCUGAUGAGGAAUUGAAAAAGAAGAAGAAAAAAAACAGGAUUGUUUGGACGAUGAACAGUGCUGCUGGAGGUCCUAAGCGCGGCCGCAACGGUAUAAAAUAGUUUAAUUAAAGCCAAAAUUGUUUGGUUUAAUAAGAGUGAAAAUAAUAAAAUAAAAUAUCUCUCAGCGCUGUGGCCAAGCAAUGUCGCGACUGUUGUUGGAGUCUAACAGCUCUGUCGACAAAAGGAGUAGUGUGCGGCCAAGCAGCUCUAAUAUAAAAAAAAUUUAAAUAAUAAAAAAAAGGUAAAAAACAUGUGUGGCCGAGGCGGCUAUGCAGGUAUGAUAAACAGGAAAAAUAGGCCAAAAGAUUUCCGCCAAUUUUUGGUGGAUUGGCGGUUUAAAUUAAAAUUAUUUUAGGUAUUGUGGAUUUUGUCAACAAUUUGGUUCAUAAUUCUUAUAAACCAAAUUGUGGGGGGCAUUUGUUGACACCUAAAAUUAAUUUGGCCUGAAUUAAAUGCCGCAUUAAUUAGUCUCGGCAUUUAAUUCGAUACCGUGGGUAAAAAACGGUGUCGUUUGGAGUUGAGCGGCAUCGCGGAGAGUUAAAACGGUACCGCGAAGCAGAAAAACGGUACCGCAAGGAAGCUCACUGGAAAUGAUACCGAAAAACAAAAGGGGCCGCGCGUGUAGUUGGGUUGGAGAAGGGAGUUUUAUAAUUAAUUAUUACCAUUAUUCCUUGUCGGAAGAGGAAAAUCGGUACCGCAUGGAGAAUUAAAACGGUACCGCAAGGAAGCUCACCAAUACCGCAAGGAAGCUCGACGGUACCGCGACAUGGGAAACGACACCGCUUAAUAUAAAAAAGGGGGGCUGCGCGUGUAGUUGGGUUGGAGAAGGGAGUCUUAUAAUUAAUUAUUUCCUUUAUUCCUUGUAGGAAGGGGAAAAUCGGUACCGCAUGGAGAAUUAAAACGGUACCGCAAGGAAGCUCAGCGGUACCGCGGCACCGGUCAUCAGAAAAUAAAAAAAGGACCGGCGUUUAAUGAAGGUUGGAGGAGGAGUUUUGAUUAAUUAAUUAUUAUUUUUUGGAAGGGGAAAAUCGGUACCGCAUGGAGAUAAGCGGUAUCGCGGAAAGCUAAAGCGGUACCGCGGAUUUAAAAACGGUGCCGCGAGAGCCUGGUAAGCGGUACCGAUUAAUUAAAAAAUCAUAUCGGG